UCUGAACCUCAUAUCUCCAGAAUCUUUAGGAAAGGCACAGACAGCUUCCGUGUACUCCUUCCAAACAAAACGCAUGGCAAUGGCUGCCAUUCUUUAACUCCCUCUCACCUCUUUGUCUCUCUCAGCAACUGUGUUAUCUUGUUUUCCUACUGUACUUGCUAUAAUAGUCUUUCGAGUACUUUUAGUCUAUCAAAAGAGUUUCCGUGGAGGAUCCAAAAGACAAAAGUGUUGCUGGCUAGAUGGUGCAUCUGACCAAAGAUGAACGUGGAUAAAGACAACCUGGAACCACACACAGAUUUAGGACUCACUGUCAAUUAUUCCAAUCACUGCAUCCAGAGAAGAUUGAACAACCAUUUAGGUGCAGGUGCAAAUGCAGGUUCAAGUAGAGGCAUGACAUUUGUGACUACUGAUCCCUUAUCUGAACUAGUUUGGUCACCACAAAAAGGCCCAAGUCUCAAAUGUGCCGAUUGCAGCUUUAGUGAUAAAAAAUCCUCUCUCUUGUGGGAUGCGGGGCCAAGCAAUGUGGUUUUUUCAUCAGCACCACCAAUGAUUUCAGCUGUGAGGUGUAGUAAUGACAAACUUAUGAAUGAGAAUAAUAAUAUGAUUAAAUCCCAUAUGGGAUUUUAUGUGAAAAGUGAUGUUGGUGAUAGACAUACUUCGGCUAGGUGUCCAACAAAUAAUGCAGCCAUCAAACCGGUUAGUGGACCAAGUCCCGAACAGAAGACAGGAACUGGUGGUCAUAUGGAGGAGACAAGCACUAUUUUGCAAUUAUCUGUUCAACAUGCUAACAAAAAUGAUGAUCUAUCAAGACCUAAAGGGGAGGUUACAUGUGAUCUAAACACUAUUCAAGCGGAUGAAGCAGCUGAGGCGAUAGAAGACAACUUGAAAAAUUUCCUAGAUGUUCUAAGACCUAACGUGGCUCAGACUGAACCCUUAUUUGAGAAUCCAGCUGGUGGAUAUUGUGAUGCUAACAGUGAGAAUCAGACGUCAAAAAUUGAAAUCAAUUUGAUGUCUGAUAUCCAUGCUAAGAACAAAACUGAAGCAUGUGAUGACGCUUUGAAGAGUCAAACUGUGCCACCCAAAAGACGUGAAGAACCAGCCUCAUUUACGGAAGGAGAGAAUGACAGGAAGAUAAAGUCAACUGAUUCAUCAAACAUCAGGUGUAUGGAAAAGUUGGAGUCAACUGCUGAGAAUGAUUUACAAAUUCAUAUUGGUGAAAAUGGAUGUGAUGCUGCAAGUAAGAGUGUGGCAACAGAAUUUGCUCAUGAAGGUAAAAGAUGUUCCCAACAGGAGAAGGCGAGAUUUCGGGAGAAACUUGCUUCAGGUAAAUAUUCUGCUAAAAAUAGUGGGAUCCAAAAAUAUGAAAGGAAAGGCAAGGAGAAGGCUUUGUCCGAUGGAAACCUGAGUAUGAUGUCAAAAGAGGCUGAUGAUAGCUAUGAGAGUGUUGAAAGCUGUAAUGGCACUGGUUUAUUUUCAACAGGCAAGAGAAGAUGGAACUUUGAGCAACAGAUGAUUGCAGGGAGCAAAAGAGCCAAAAUGCAGAUCCGGGAAACUCUUGAAUCAACAUCAUUUGUAAAACAAGAUAGCUCUUUUGUCAACUGGAUAGGAAACAUGAUGAAGGGUUUCUUGAAAUUGAAAGAAGAUGAGGCACCUUCAGUAUCUCUUACACUUGCAUAUCCUACAAAUGGAGGUCCUGAUCAUGAUACUAUUGCAACCACUAGAAACAAAAAUCCUGGAUGCAGAACUGUUGGUUUUCAAUCUAUUUUUCAGUCAAUAUAUUGCCCACAGAGAAGGAUUCAAGAUGUUACAACAUCAAAUGACAAAUGUCAUAAGGAAGUUGAGCUGCCUAACGACAUAUUUAACCCUAAUCCAGUAAAUUGUCAUGGGAACUUUACCAAACAGUUUACCAUAUCAGAUGAAAGGAACACUGAGUCUACAUUUGGAAAUGGUGUACUUUUGGAAACUCAGCCUAAGAUUUCAUCUGUAAAUUUUGCUGCCAGUCAGAGAACAAGAAUACCAACUCUUCAGAGACAAAUGGUUGUGCAAUUUGCACAAUAGAAGGGGAAAGAGGGAACCAGUUCCUCUUCCUCUCUUGGUAAAUAUAAGUUGAAUAUUGCCGAGAAUAUUGAUUCUGAACCCCUUUCUGAAGGGGAGUCUGGUCAAAACUUUGGCAACGGAAGUGACCAUCUGGGAAGCUUGUGGAUAGCUCGUCUUGCUCCGAAAACUUCUGGCUUCUCUCUAAACCUGAAUCAGCAGAACCGAAGUACAGAUGUAGAUCUUGAGUACUCUGCUGAUUGUGCAAAACUUCCUCACUCCCCUCAAUACCAUGUUAGUUCUCCCAGUGAGGCAAAAAUUGUGGAAGCUAGGCAGCAUUCUCUUGACGACCAAAAGAUUGCCAUAGGUAAUGACUUGCCAAAAUGUGCUGGUGAAACUGAAUGUAAAAUCACUUGCAACAGUGCCAAAGACCACAAUGAUCAUAAGUCGACUUACAAUAUGAACCCAAUCUUGUCCUCACCAAUUGAAAACUCAGAGGCAAUGGCUUCUCUAUUUGCAAGAAGACUGGAUACACUAAGGCACAUCAUGCCAUCAGAUCUAGUUGAAAAUACAGCUUCUGCAACUGUCAGCUGUUUCUUUUGUGGCAGAAAGGGUCACCAUUUACGAGAUUGUCCAGAGAUGACUGAUGAAGAUCUUGAAGAUCUUUUACGGACAGUUAAUAAAUAUAAUGGCACUGAAGAAUUCUCUUCUUUCUGUGUCAGAUGUUUUCGGCUUAAUCAUUGGGCAGUCACAUGCCCAAAUGCAUCAUCAAAAGGAAAUCGUCAAAGAGAAUGUGGUGCAUCUUUGGCGGGUGAAUUUAGUCCAAGCAGUGGGAAGCAUAAUUCAAGAAUUGAAGAAAAUCCAAAGUUUUUGAAUGGGAAUGACAGCCAAUUUCAGGUUGCUGAAGUCCACUCACUUCUUGAUAGGAAUGAUUCUGGAAUAAGAGCCAGUCUUAAACUGAAUUCAACAGAGAAACUUGUAGCUUCCAGCUCUGGGAAAAACAAAUUGAGAGGAAAUGAGAUCGUGCCCCUGUCUAAAUACAUCACUAGGGAGAGUUCAGAUGUACCAAAGGGAAUCUUUGAUGCAGUGAGGAUGCUGAGAUUGUCACGUACAGACAUCCUCAAGUGGAUGAAUUCACAAAUGGCAGGAUCACAUCUUGAUGGUUGUUUCCUGCGCCUGAGGGUGGGGAAGUGGGAAAAGGGCCUCGGAGGAACUGGAUACUAUGUGGCUUGCAUAACUGAGGCACAGAGGCAGAGUUCACCCCAGAGCUCCAAAAACUCUAUUUUUGUUGUAGUGAGAGGGAUAAGAUGUUUGGUUGAGAGUCAGUAUAUCUCCAAUCAUGAUUUCCUGGAGGAUGAGCUGAAUGCGUGGUGGUUUACAAUCGAAAAGAAUGGGGGCACGAUUCCAAUGGAAGAAGUGUUAAGAUUGAAGGUAAAGGAGAGGAGAACAUUAGGCUUUUAGGUAAGUAUACCCAAAUUUCAAAGAUGCAACUGUGAAUUAAUCUAUUGUAGAAUUUUGUAUGUAGAAUUUUGGUUUCCUUCUCUUGUGAAUGUGAGGAAGAAAUUUUAGAGGUCAAGGUGUCCAUUACAAAAAAUUUUUAUGCCUAAACUGUGUGUUUGUGAGAACAUAUCAUCAAGAUGUGUAUGUUAAUGAGCCUGGAUUUCUCUGUAAACAGGACAGACACAAGUACAAUCUGUAUAUUGGUGUCGUCUGUUAUGUUGAUAAAAAAUUCUGAAUUGUAUUAUUUAUACAUUGAAAUGUUAUCUUAGCAUAAAUUUGUUCGGUUGAAAGUUCA